UUCAAAAAAAAAAAAAGAAAAUCACAUUUCCGUGGCGUUGAAUUUGUUUUUUCAUUAUUAUCAAACCUUAAUUUUUUUUUUCGCUUUAUAGUGAAUAUCUCUCCAUUAAACAUUUCGCACGCAAAGAUAUUUCUAAGAAAUGGAUAAUGGACCAAUACAAGCUUACGCUAAACUUGAAGGUGACAACUUUUGUUAUUACAUUAAAACGCUACAAGUAAUUCUUGGACGUAAAACAAGUGGUUCGGAUCAGGUUGAUAUACACCUCGGUUCAACUAAAGCAAUAUCAAGACAACACGCGCGACUUUAUUACAAUUUUCAAGAACAACACUUUGAACUGAUGAUUUUCGGGAAGAAUGGUGCUUACAUUAAUGAAGUCUUUUGUGAAAAAGGUGUUACAGUACCGCUAGAGAAUAGGACGAAGAUUCAAAUUGGCGAGGUGGUGUUCUCAUUUUUACUCCCAAGAAUGGAUGGUGAGGUUGUUACGUCUACUAAUACUGAGAAUGACACGUAUAAUAUAACCGGUAAAACAACUUAUCAAGAAGUAACGUUCGACCAUGACUCUCCAUCAGAAAAUGGUCAAAGUUAUUCAAAUGGAUAUAUUAAUACUACCAGUCAGGAAUAUUCACAUGGAUAUACUACUAAUAAGGUUAAUUCAUUAGACAGUGGAAUCGGUUCAUCAAAUGUUAGUCAAAGAAGUGGUUCUACUUCUUCUACCUCUACUCAAGAAGAUCUUAUUGAACAACAUGCUAUUGAAAAGAUUGACACAUCAAAAUAUCAAUCGAGACAAAUUAAACCUCCUUUCUCAUACGCUUCUUUAAUCGCUCAAGCAAUACAAUCAGCUCCUUCUAAGAGGAUGACACUUAAUGCAAUAUAUAAUUGGAUAACGACACAAUAUCCUUAUUAUAAAAUUGCUCAAAAUGGAUGGCAGAAUUCUAUUCGUCAUAAUUUGUCAUUAAACUCAGCUUUUGUUAAAGUCCCACGUAAUGAUCAUGAACCUGGUAAAGGAGCAUGGUGGACAAUUGAUCCUGAAUGUGAAUCUCAAUUUACUGAUGGUGUAUAUAAAAAAAAUCGAAGGCCAGUCGCUGCAAAAGAGAAGAGAACGCCUUAUCCACCACCAGAGAAAACUGUAAGAAAAAGAUUAAUUAGCGAUAAUAAUGAUAACAACGACGGAAGAAGCUGUAAGAAGAUAUCAAACCAUCAAAUUUCCAUAAAUGAUAAAAAUUUACAGGCUAACAAUAAUAAUUGUGGUAUUGAGAGUAUCAUCACCGCUGCGGCUAAUAUUGGAGGAAAACAAGACGUUAUACUAAAAACUAAUGGACUUCCUCCUAUCUCUCCUCCCUCUUCUAGUUCUUCUUUACAGUUAGUAACAUCAACAUCAACAUCACACGGAAUCAAUUCUCAUUUAAAAAGAAAUAUAGCACCAGCACCACCAGUUCCAAUUGCACCAUUAAUUCCACGUCAAUCCAGCGGGAAACAAUAUCAUCAAUUCACAUCAUCAAGUUGUUGGAAUGCACAUCAUCAUCUUCAAAUUGCUCCCAAAAAGUCUUUACCUGAUCAAGGAUUAGGUAAUUAUGCAAAAUAGAUCAGGGAACUUUUACGUUAAAUUUUUUAUUAAGGUAGAGGUAGACAUACACUUUAUAAUGUAAACAAGUUCAAAGAAGAUUUAACAAAAAAAAAAAAAAAAAAAA